AGCAGCGCAUGCGCCAUUCCGCAGCCCGCGGUAGGGCCGGGCCAGUGCCGCCGGUGUCAUGGCUGCCACGUUCUUCGGAGAAGUGGUGAAAGCGCCGUGCCGGGCGGGCGCGGAGGACGACGAGGAGGAGGAGGAGGAGAGGAGGCGGGAGACGCCCGAGGAUCGGGAGGUGCGGCGGCAGCUGGCGCGGAAGAGCCUGGCGACUUUCCACCUGGGUUCCCAGUCUGCUCCGUGGACUCGGGACACUAACUUGCGAUCCUCCUGCCUCAGCCUCCCACAGUGCCGGGACUACAGCGGGACGGUUCCCUCAGAACGCUUUUUAUCCUCCACCCCAUCUGGCAGGGAGGUGCGACUUCUUCGAAGACAGACAAAAGCAUCUCUGGAAGUUGCUCUGCUGGAAAAAUAUUCCUGCUCACGGUUUAUUAUUGCUGUAGGAAAUAAUGCAGUAGCAUUUUUGUCGUCCUUUGUUAUGAAUUCGGGAGUGUGGGAGGAAGUUGGUUGUGCUAAGCUCUGGAAUGAGUGGUGUAGAACAACGGACGCCGUGCACAUGUCCCCCACAGAGGCUCACUGUGUGUUCUAUCACCUCAAAUCAAACCCUUCGGUUUUCCUCUGUCAGUGCAGCUGUUACGUUGCUGAAGAUCAACAGUAUCAGUGGCUGGAAAAGGUUUUCGGCUCCUGUCCAAAGAAGAACAUGCAGGUAACUGUUCUCACGUGUCGACAUGUCACUGACUAUAAAACCUCCGAAUCUACUGGCAGCCUGCCUUCUCCUUUUCUGAAAGCCCUGAAAACACAGAACUUCAAAGACCCUGUGUGUUGCUCCUUGCUGGAACAGCCAAAUAUUGUGCACGACCUUCCUGCUGCAGUGCUGAGUUACUGUCAGGUGUGGCAGCUCCCUGCGGUCCUGUACCUGUGCUACACCGACGUGAUGAAGCUGGACCUGCUGACGGCGGAGGCCUUCAAGCCCGUGCUCUCUUCCAGAGGUCUGAAAGGGCUGGCUAAGAACGUUCCCCAGAGCACAGAGAUUCUGAGGAAGCUGAUGACAGCAAAUGAGGUUCAGAGUAACAUUUAUACGUGAGCUGGAGGGCUGUCCUCUGACGUCUGCCAGCGUCCGUUCUGCUAAGAGGCGCAGCGAGCACUGCUUUGUAGGUUACUGUGGAGGGCUGUACAUUAAGGGGGAUAAAGCAAUAAACUUAAAAAACGGUGUCCUUUC